AUGAAUAACUAACAGAAAAGAUCUGUCAUUGAUUGCUAGUAGCAUAUAUUAAAUCCUAAAUAUUAAAAUGGUAGAAGAAAUUUAUCAUCUCAGAAUUCUCAAAGCACUAAAUCUUAGCAAGAAGAAAAAAUAUAGCCAAGAAAGGCUUAAGAAAAUCCAAUUUUUAGAGUGACCUUAAAAGACGACUAUAAAUUGAAUGAGAUUUAAUAGGAUAUUUGCAGCCCUUACUUUGAUAAUUAAGCACAAAUUAAAAAUAAAAAGAAUGGAUCACUAUCUUCUUACAGAGCAAGUUAGUCUUAAUAAUAGUUAAAUAGCAAAACAUUUUACAAUUGGAUGAGCAAUUCUUACACAAACUUUGAUAAUCUAGAGCCUUCAAAUAAUUUUGAAUAACUGAAAUAAUAAAAUUAAAUUAACUAAGAUACUGUUUCAUACAAGUAGGUAUCUACUGGCUCUUGUCACAAAGUGAUUAAAUUUUAGAGCUUAAAUAACAUAGAGUCCUAAAAUACAAACAAAUCAAAUAGUUACACCUAAGACAAUUUUAGUCUACUAAGUAAUAAAGGCAGGUAUAUUGUUCAUUAAAAAGUAAAAAAAUCUACGGAAUCUUCUUCUGAGUUACCCUCAACAUUUUUUACAACUCCAUAAUACAAAACUUCCAAAACUUCUUUUAAUUCUCUUUAAAAUUUAAUAAUGGAUAAAUCAGAUUAAGAACAAAAGCCAGGAAUUUUUUAUGCUUCAAACUCUUUCGGAAACUAAAAUAAUAUGUACAAAGUUAACAUGAAAAAUGAUAAAAUAUUUGCUUAAUUUGUGCCGUGCUUUACUUUUUCAUCUUAAAAUAAGCACAGAUAAGCCUCAUAAGCACAAGCAUAAUAAAAUUUAACAGGAAUUUAAUAAAAAUCUUAAACUUCUAUUGGGUAAUCAAGGUCUUCUUAAAACAUAUAAGAAUAAAAAGAAGAAAAUAAGCCUAACAUCUUUAAAAGCUCUUAAAACUUAGAUUAUGAAUAGCAAAAAAAAAACAUUUUAUUUUAAUAAAAUAAAAUCUAGUAUAAAUUUGAUCUCUUAAACAAUUUAUUUACUAAAAGCACCCUUAUUUAAGGAAAAAGUUUAAAUAACGAUUUGAAAAAAUUUAACCAAACAAAUGGUUUCUAAAAUAGAAAAUAAUUAGACACAAAGUAAAGUAAUUUAUUUAGAAACUCAAGCUAAUAAGAACAAAUAGACUCUUUUCAAGUACCUUAAUUAAGUAGUCUUCAAAGUGAUAUAGAAAAGACAUAGAUAAUCCUCAAUAAUAUACCUGAUAAAAAUGGACUUUUAUCUACAGCUACACCUACAGAGCAACCUGACUCUUCACUAAGCUAGGAUGAAAUACUCUUAAAAUAAAGCAAUGCUUUCAAUAGCAAAGAAAUAAAUUUUAUAGAUAGAGUAAAAAGCACUGAGAAUGACUAAAAUCAAAAGAGCUAGCUUUAAUCUUUAGAAGAAAAUAAAAUAUUUAAUAGGUAUGAUUGGACUAUUUAAAACAAUUAAAAUAAGCUUAUAAAUCAAAAUAUUCAGCAGAAAGUUGAUUCAGAAAAUUAAAAUUAAAAACUUUAAAGAUAAAAACCUUUUAAUAGGCAUGGGUCGUUAUAAUUUUUAGAUGAACAAGAAAAUAGCACAUAGUUUAAUAAGCAAGGUAAAAGCUAUAAUGUUUCAUCAUAUACAAAAUUACCAUCUUAGUGUAAGAUAGGGAACUUAAAUAAAUAAAAUAUCAAUUAAAAUAAUUAAUUUAAGUCAGCCUAAGAUAUCUAACCCUAAAAAGAAGAUUUCUAGGUUGAUGAAAAAAAAAUGAUGGAAGAUUAUAGACAGUACUUAUUAAGAAAAAAAUUAGAUAUUAAAUCUAAAUGUGUUGCUGUUUAUGAUUUGGAUAAAAAAGAGUUUGUUUUAAGAAUAAAAGGGUAAAAACUAAGCUAAAUAGCUUCUAUAACCAAAAUUAUGACUUGUUACAUUGUCUGCGAUUUGCUUAACAAAUAUGAUUUCAAAAGAAAUGAUGAAAUUAAACUUACUUUAAAAAAGGAUUAAAUUAUUACUGUAAGCAAAAUAGCCUCUAAAAUGAUUGGUACAUCUGCACUACUUAGGCAUGGUGACUAAUUAACACUAUGGGAUUUGCUUCAUGGACUUAUGCUUCCAAGUGGAAAUGAUGCUGCUUUUGCAAUAUCUGAGCAUGUAGGCUCGUUGAUAUAUGAAAGUAGUCCAAUUUUUUAACAAAAAAAGUAUUAAAACCCUAAAUUAGUUUCUUGUAACCCCAAAGCAGGUUAAAAGGAGUUCAUUAAAGUUAUGAAUCAGUAUGCACAAAAGCUAAAACUAUAAAAAACAUUUUAUUAAAAUCCUCAUGGCUUAACUAAUUCAAAAAACAAAUCUUGUGCAGAUGAUAUUUGUAUCCUUAUAUCGCAUGCUAUGAAAAACUAAUAUUUCAGAGAAAUAGUAAAGACUAUAGAAUAUACAGCUAAAAUUUCUAAUUCUAGGAAAGGUUCUAGAGAAUAAACAUGGGAAAACACAAACAAAUUAUUGAAGAGUUCGUGCUAUUGUAUAGGAGUAAAAACAGGAAUUACGCCUGCAGCAGGUGCAUGCUUGUCAUCCUGCUUUUCAAUAAAUAACAGAAAUUUUGUUAUUGUUAUACUAAAUACUUUAACUUUAGAAAUGAGAUUUACUGAAACAAUUUAAAUAUUUAAGUUUUUGGUUGAUAUUUAUUAGUUGGAUAAGUAAUCAUCAAACAUUUUAAAAGAAGGUUUUGACUAUCAGCCAGAUUAAGCUAACAUCAUAGAAAAUAAAUAUACUAAAAAUGGAAGAUAAAUUACAAGCUCUAGUAAUUUUCAAUCAAACAAUGAUUUAGAAUUAAAAGAUGAAAGCGAUAGUUAAGAUGAUUUUUAAGACGAAGAUGAAGAAGAUGAAGAAAAUUCUGAUCAAGAAGAUGAUUCUUAAAAAGUUAGUGCUAAUAGUUUUUCAAAAAGAAUUAAAAAUAAAGAUAAUGAAAGUGAUUCAGAGGAGCAAUUAAGUAUUAAUGAUAUUUCCGAAAUAAAAUAAAAUAUAGAUAGGAAAAGUAUAAAAUCUAAUAAUUAUUCUUCUAAUUCUAUAAAAUCAGGUGAAAAUUUAAUUGAUAAUAAUUAAAAAUAAGCAUAAAAAUAGUAAAUAUUUACUGACGACGAUGUUAUUAACAAAAAGAUUUUAAAAAACCAUAAAAAUAGUGAAACAGAACAAAAUAACGAAUUCAAUAACCUGAUAAGAUAAAAUAUUACUUCAUAGCAAAGCUAAAUUUAAAAUUCAUUUGACCAAUAGGAAAGAAAUCAAGAAUUAGUUAGACAUUCUAGGAGUAAAAAGUUAUCAAAAAUCCAAGAAGAAGAAAAUUGA